GUAGUUGAAAAUGAAGAGUCAGAAGGAGAAGAAGAAGACGGCGAAACAAGUCAAAUAGGUGACGUUUCUGAUUUAAGAGCUUUAAAUGAUUCGAAAGGUGAAGAUGAUAAUGAUAAUAAUAAUGAAAAUAUCAACGAGGAUGAUUAUAAUAAUAAUGAUGACGAUGACGAUGAUGAUGAUUAUGAUGAUGAUGAACCUAGACUUACUAUCAAGGAAGAACCCGAGGAUGAUAUAACGGAUGAAAAAGUUGUUUCCGAAAGCGGUUAUGAAUGUAAAUCAUGUGAACCACAUAUUGAGUUUCCUUCAUUGGUUGAAUAUUUACAGCAUUUAAAGGACGAACAUCACCAAAAGCCCAAGUGCCACGAGUGUCCUCAUUGCAAUUUCAUCUCUCAACAUCCAAAGCGAUUGGAACGUCAUCUUUUAUCAAUUCACAAGGACAUAGAAGUUUCCGAUCAAUCCGGCCUAGGCAGCCAUCAAAAAAUUUAUCCCCUCAAACGACGAUUCUUUCGAUGUACCAAGUGCUCAUACAUGACGCACGUACGUGCACGUUACACUAAACACGUUAAGUAUCAUUCUAUGCCAAUGAUCAAGUGUAACGAUUGUGACUUUCGUACUCCAUACAAAUGGAAUUUGGAUCGACAUACACGCAGUCACAAUGGAGGCGGAGCAUUUCAAUGCAGAGCAUGUAAUUUUACUGCUGAGAUACGCCAGAGUUUGACUGUACAUGAAACUAAUCAUCAUGAGCCUCCUGUUGGAGUUAGCAGUAAAAAAACAAAUCCCCUUGAUCGUAAACCUCGAAACGGUCCGAAACGUUACAAUCAGGUUGGCGCAAGUGAUUUCAGAGAAAAUCCAUCAAAAUCUCCAGCAGCCGAUACUAUAGAAAAUUUACUGGAAGAAACUCCAAAUCCAGUUAUAGCUGACGCGGAGUGUAUAGCUCUUAAAUGUGACGAGAAAGGCUGCCAAUUUAUUACUGCGUGGGAUUCUGAAAUGCAGCGGCACCUGAUCGAGGCACAUGGACCAUCACAAUUACCAAAUAAAGCCCGAAAACCAUUACCAAUGCUCAUUCCAUUAAGUUCUGAAGGCAAGGUUAAUAAUAGCAUGCCCAACGGUACUACUAACACACUCAAAGUUCCUCGGGUGAGAGUGCGCCCAGAGCUUGCAAAAAUUGCACGAGAUACUGAAAUCGCGAAGUUAAUUAAUAAUCGUGAGACGACUGGAAAGAAGGAGGUGUCUGUAAAAUCAUUUGAAAAAAGGAACGCUUCAUUCUUUGAUCGACUAAAGGAGAGACUAUUAGGGAGUACCAAUACUGCUUCAUCACAAGUAGCUGUAAGUAGUCGAGAGGAUUUAAAAUGUUGGUGUACGUUUGAAGCAACUAGCCUUGAAGAAUUGGCUAAACAUAAACAAACUCAUCACACUGCACUCAGUGUAACUAGUAGUAUAACGCGUUGUCCAAACUGUCAAAGAAAUUGUAAAAGUUCGACAGAUCUUGAAUUGCACAUGAAAUUUUGUUCAUCACCGAGCAAUAAUUUAACGAUUAGCAAUAACAUUCAGGAGAACACUGUUAUUAGUUCAAAUUAUACAGCCAUCUCUAACUGUGAUGAUUUUGACCGUUUUCAUGUCCACAUUGUUGGUCACUUAAAUCGCAAACCAUUCGAAUGCUCUUUUUGUGCAUACCGAUCAAACUGGCGAUGGGACAUCACCAAACAUAUUAAACUUAAAUCAGCUAGAGAUGCAGCUCAUGCCAAUGCCAGAGUUCUCAUGACUGAUGAAACUGGUAGAAGAAAUUAUUCCAAGUAUAAUAAGUAUUUAGCACAAAUAGAUCACCAAAUUCCACAUGAUUUAAAUGAAGAUCAUGGAGUUAUUGAUACUAGCUCAGGAGAGCCACCAAAGAAAUUAAUUAUUAUGAGUAAAUCUAAAAAUUAUCCAGCACCUCAAAAUUUAACACCAGCUCCCAGUAGUUAUAACAACUAUGGAAAAUCCGAUUCUGCAAUUAUCAGUAGUGUUCCACGUCCACCACCUCCACUUCAAGUAACUAGAAGUCAAGGGCAAUCUUUAUUAAAAGUAAAUCCACAAGCUAAUAAUCCAAAUCUUGCCGUUUCGGUAUAUGCUUCAAACUCCAACUCAGUAGCAUCGACUUCUGGUUCGACAGUAGAAGAAUCUAAAAGAACAUUGUGGAAAUGCAAAAGAUGCAAUUUUCGUGACAGUAGUAAGGAUAAGGUUUUGCAACACGUUAAAACUCAUUAUGAAUCUGCUGAACAAUCAAGUAGUCAAAAAAAUGUCAUUUCAUGUGAUGAAUGUCCAUUCAAAGCUGAAGAUCCAGCUGUAUUAGCAAUACAUCAAGUCAAUCAUCGUCCAGAUCGAGAUAAAAUAUUCAAAUGUUAUCAUUGUCCGUAUUAUGUUCGGACAAAAGUGGAACUUUUGGAGCACGGGCAUUUACAUGGCCAAGAGCUUGCUAAUGAACAUAAAUUAAACUCAAAUGUUGACAUUUCACCAAUUAAAAUGAAACUUGAGAGUCAAUCAACAAAAUUAGACAUUUCUGUGGAAGAAGUAUCGCAUGCUCCAUCACCUAUUUCAGGAACUAAUGAAGAUACUGCACCACCACCACUUCUAUUAGACACACGUGCUUUACCAGAUACACCGCUUGUCUGGGUUUCAAGACCAGACGGAUCGUUUGCAAAAAUGUUAAAAUGUCGUCAUUGUCCACACGUAUCAACUCGUCGUGCUGAGGUUCGUGAUCACGAAACAAUGCACACGUUGAAUUCAAUAAAUGAUUGUAAAAUGGCGUGUCCAGAUUGCAGUUUUAGGUGCUUAUUACAAGAAACAAUGGAUGCUCAUUCAGAUAUGCAUCGAGGAUCAUUGGGAACAAUUCACUGUCUCGUAGAUGAUGGCCGUUCUGACGCACAACAACUUGAUGAUUUAACAACUCUUUUAGAUUUACCUAGAACACCUUUGUUGGGUCCAGAGCCAGAUUUGAAUGACCCACGUUUAGUAUAUUGCUGUAAUAAAUGUCCAGCACGUUUUCUUUGUGAUAAAGAAUUACGAAUCCAUAUGAAAUAUCACUCAAGCGAUUUAGCGUAUUCAUGCGAAUGGUGUUCUUAUGGCUCAAGACAACAAUCUCAUUUAUCAGCACAUCAAAGAGCACAUACUUCAGAAUAUCAAGAUCGUACAAGAUAUUUAUUAUCUUUAUACGGUCACUCGCAAAAGUUUCCACCACCUAGAACAGCAUGUGUUGAAACAAACAGCCAAGUUGGAAAUACUGAGAAAAACAUCGCUUGGAUUGUUGUUCAAAUAUCAGAUUCUUUGGCAAGUUCUUCUAAUCAAAUAAAAGAAGAACAACGAUUAACUAAUCAAGUAUUUACUUGUUCAAAGUGUCCAGCACGUUAUUUUAAAUUAGACGCACUUGAAUACCAUAUGACUCUUCAUGGUUCUAACAAUCGAUUUAAGUGUACAGAAUGCGACUAUUCAUCGAAAACGGGUCAAAACUUAAUGAAGCAUCAAGUUGUUCACAGAAGACAAACUGAAAUAAAUGAACCAUCUGCUUCUUUAUUACAAUUAAAUGAAGAUCCUUCGUACAGUCCGUUAAUGGAGGGUAAUCCCAAUUUUAUUUAUCAGUCAUACUAUAAAAAUGGAAAAAUGAAAGAAAAGCGUUACAAGUGCCAUAAAUGUCCGUCAGGAUUCGAAAAACGUGAACAGUAUCGAGUACACUUGUCAUUACAUGGUGCUAAACAACGGUAUCGAUGUGAUACUUGUGAUUAUUCAGUUAAGUAUUAUGCAAAUUACGUACAACAUUUGAAAAAACAUCAAGCCAAUGCUGAAGCUCAGGCGUCUCAACGUCAAGACGAAAUAUCAAUGGAUUAUGAUAAUAAUGCUAUUGAUGAAGAUAAUUUGAAUAUAAGUACCUCUAAGUCACGUAGAAAAUCAACAAUUUCUUCGAAUACAUUAGGAAAUAAUGCUUCUGGCGCUGGAUAUGCUGCUUCAUGUGUUUCUAAUCAAGAUAAACAAUCAAUCAUACUCAUGCAAAAAAAAGGCAAUACAUUAACACCAUUGACACUCAUUCGUUGUACAGAAUGCCCUUUUUCAUCGGCUGAUAAAGACAUAGUUGAUGCUCAUAAACGUCGGCAUGGUAUUGAUAGACUUACACCGCCUUGUCCACAUUGCAAUUAUGUGCCACGUAAAGACGAAAAUAUAAGUGAACAUAUUAAAGUACAUUUUACUAGACUUUACAAGCCAGAAUCCUAUUUAGUUAUAGAUUCAUUAUCAUUAACAAUGAAAAAAAUACCUAUUAGUAAAAAAGAUGAUAAACAUAAAGAAAAUGAACUUAUAUUUCGCGAAUGUGAUGAUGGAAAAUAUUUACCGGUUGCUAUUACUAAUUCACUGCCUGUCACAAAUGGUAAUAAUUUUGAAAAAAUAAUUGUCGACCCUAAUACAGGCGAAGCAACCCGCUUAAAAACUAAUAUAAAUACCAUGUUUUUUUUUUUACAU